GGAGGAGCCGGCGGCUUCCCGCCCCGGCAGCAUGGGAAUCAAAUUCCUUGAAGUGAUUAAGCCCUUCUGUGCAGUUUUACCGGAAAUUCAAAAGCCUGAAAGAAAAAUUCAGUUCAGAGAGAAGGUUUUAUGGACUGCUAUCACCCUCUUCAUUUUUUUAGUAUGCUGUCAGAUUCCUUUGUUUGGGAUCAUGUCCUCGGACUCUGCAGAUCCUUUCUACUGGAUGAGAGUCAUCCUUGCGUCAAACAGAGGCACUUUGAUGGAAUUGGGCAUCUCUCCCAUUGUGACCUCUGGAUUGAUUAUGCAGCUCUUGGCUGGAGCCAAAAUCAUUGAAGUGGGUGAUACACCGAAAGACAGAGCUCUAUUCAAUGGGGCGCAGAAGUUGUUUGGCAUGAUUAUCACUAUUGGGCAGGCCAUUGUGUAUGUCAUGACUGGGAUGUAUGGCGACCCUGCAGAAAUGGGGGCUGGAAUCUGCCUCCUGAUCAUAAUUCAGUUGUUUGUUGCUGGUUUGAUUGUGCUGCUGCUAGAUGAGCUGUUGCAGAAGGGUUAUGGCUUGGGUUCUGGGAUUUCUCUCUUUAUUGCUACCAACAUCUGUGAAACCAUUGUCUGGAAGGCCUUUAGCCCCACUACCAUUAACACUGGCAGAGGAACGGAGUUCGAGGGUGCCGUCAUUGCUUUGUUCCACCUUUUGGCGACACGAACUGACAAGGUGCGUGCCUUGCGGGAGGCUUUCUACCGUCAGAACUUGCCUAACCUGAUGAAUCUGAUUGCCACCGUCUUUGUGUUUGCUGUAGUCAUAUACUUUCAGGGGUUUCGUGUUGACCUCCCAAUCAAGUCUGCCCGUUACCGUGGACAAUACAGCAGCUAUCCCAUCAAACUCUUCUACACCUCCAAUAUUCCCAUCAUCCUGCAGUCUGCCUUAGUCUCCAACCUUUAUGUCAUUUCUCAAAUGCUGUCUGUGCGGUUCAGCGGCAACUUCUUGGUCAACUUACUUGGGCAAUGGGCUGACGUGAGUGGAGGUGGUCCAGCACGAUCCUAUCCUGUCGGAGGCCUCUGUUACUAUCUCUCCCCUCCAGAAUCCAUGGGGGCUAUCUUUGAGGAUCCUGUCCAUGUGAUGGUUUACAUUAUAUUUAUGUUGGGUUCCUGUGCAUUUUUCUCCAAGACAUGGAUCGAAGUGUCGGGAUCAUCCGCAAAAGAUGUUGCCAAGCAACUGAAAGAACAGCAAAUGGUGAUGAGAGGUCACAGGGAUACAUCCAUGGUUCAUGAAUUAAACAGAUACAUCCCCACAGCCGCUGCCUUUGGAGGCUUGUGCAUCGGGGCCCUCUCGGUCUUGGCUGACUUCCUCGGGGCUAUCGGCUCAGGCACCGGCAUUCUGCUUGCAGUCACUAUUAUUUAUCAGUAUUUUGAAAUCUUCGUCAAAGAGCAAGCAGAGGUUGGCGGAGUGGGAGCUUUAUUUUUCUAA